AUGACACAUCUGCUUACCUGCAAACGCUUUAAAGACACUCGGCUAGUGGACAAAUUCAGCAAGCAGAGAGAGGACCGAGCUGCAGAAAGCAGGCUGCAGCAGCCAAUCAACCCCACCACUACUGCUGACUGUGACAUCACAGAAAAGGAGGAGAGUGAUCUAAAUGGGGUGUUUUCAGAGGUGGUAAGUGGUAAAAGAAGAGGUCAGCAGGAAGAUGGUGAAGAACGACCAAAGACCAAGAAAAAAAGGCAGUCAGGCAAAGAUGAAGAGUAUUAUAUCCCUUACAGACCUAAAGACUUUGACUCUGAGAGAGGGUUGAGUCUCGGUGGAGAGGGCAGUGCUUUUGAACAGCAGGCCUCUUCAGCUGUCCUUGAUCUCAUGGGAGAUGAAGGCGAUCGCCUUAACCAGCAGAAAAAAAUGAUGAAAUGGGACCGUAAGAAGAAGCGUUUUGUGAGAGAAACGGGAAAAGAAGACCAGAAGAAGAAGAUCAAAACAGACAGCGGUCAGGUUAUCAGUAACAAGAAGAACAGGAAGAACUUUUAUGAGGAGUGGAAGAAAAAAUACAAGAUUGAUGAUACAGGAUCUGGAUCAGACGGAGAAACAGGCGGAGGAGGCAGGAAGCCAGCAAGAGGUCGUGGCCGUGGCCGACGAGGUCCAAACGUACAGAGCUCCGGUGACCACAAAGCACGCUCGGAGCUGAAAACAAAGGAUCAGAUCUUGAUGUGAUCAGAUCACAUCAAGAAAAAGCAGAAGCACCAGUUCCUGCAGGGCGGGGGGAUGAGCAAGCUCCACUCCAAGAACAAAAAGUGGCUCGGAGAAGUGAAAAAGUCAGGUUUUGGAAGGGGUGGCCAUAAGAAAGGCAAGCUGAGGAAGAAGCUGUGAGGAGGACAGAGGGUUGAUGGUGUGGAGGACAUCACGAGGAAGUAAGCAUCAGAAUCACCUGAGAACAUCACCAAAGAUUUUCCUGGCGCUUUGUGUGACUGUAGAUUAAGGAGACAAUGAUUUGUGCAUCUUUACACUGCAGAAAUGCACGUCACUUCUUCCUUGAUGGCCUGCUGAACUCUGCGUUUGCCACAGAGUUAUGUUUAAUUAUGAUCCACUAACCUGGAUUUACUACUUGUAAGCAUGUUGGCAGUCUAAUAAAAGUGUUUUGGAGUACUGAAA